CGUGCCGGUCGGACGAACCCUGAAGAAUACUGUGCGUGGUUGCCUCUUUGUGAGUGGAGUUUGAAUUUCUUCUAGAAUUGUAGAGUGAGACAGUUUGGCUGGAAAGUGUGAGAAGACGCCGAUCAGUAUUUGGCCAUAAAUAACUUUCGCGGCAAGUGUUGUUUACUCAAGUGUUUGUCGGAUCGUUGACAGGAUAAAGAACGUCGUGUUGAACACCUUGGACGCAUCAAACUCCCGCGUGCGCGUGGGGGAUCCGUAACAUGUGAACACGAAAAUAGAUUAUGGAAGAUGGUUCGCUCCGCCAGGUGUUGAGAUAUUAAUCCCAUAAACAUGAGUUGUUUUGACUGCCGGUAGACGGUGACGAUGGUUUGGGGAAGUGAACAGCCGCGUGUUUGUUUGUGGAUUUCAACCGCCGAGAUGUGCGCGGUGGUUUGAGUCACUAAUGAGUGAAGAAAUAAACAAGCCGGCCGCAGCGCUUUGGUCGUUUAUUUUGUGACCUGUCGAAGAGAUAUUCCGCACGCGCGAUUUGAGAAGAACUCUAGUGUGAUGUGCGAAUCAGUUUGAGUUAUUGCGAGUGAAAUGGAACAGCAGUGGAACGGUACAGUGAGCUUGGAGAUGGAUAACGUAACGUACGGGGUUUCGACGGCGAGUCCGAUGGGUGUGGUGACUCCGGGGAUGUCACCCCCUUCGGUGGUGGGUGGAUUGCCGUUCCCAUCGGAGCUGCUGACACUGAUCCGUCAGUCGGCGACGGUGUCUGCUUCAGGCAAUCUGUCCUACCUGCUGAGUAACUUCACCCGAGCCCUUACGUCAACGGGGACGGAUUUUAAUUUAUCACGACGCUAUCCGUACCCUUAUGCGUUCUUUCCGUUCUACAACGACUCGGUGUAUGAGAUUUGCCCGUCGAUACAGAUGCCCAUUGGGAAUUUGAUCUCGAUGAUUCUGUACGCGGUCGUGGCCAUCAUUGGGCUGUUCGGGAACACGCUGGUGAUUUAUGUGGUGCUGCGUUUCUCCAAGAUGCAAACCGUUACCAACAUGUACAUCCUGAACCUGGCCAUCGCGGACCAGUGCUUUCUGAUAGGGAUUCCAUUUCUCAUCACGACAAUGCACCUGGGCGAGUGGACGUUCGGCAAUGUGAUGUGCAAGGCCUACAUGGUAUCGACGUCGAUAACCCAGUUCACCUCGUCAAUCUUUCUGUUCAUAAUGUCCGCCGACCGGUACAUCGCGGUUUGCCACCCCAUUUCAUCGCCACGGUUCCGGACACCACUGGUAUCGAAGAUAGUCUCGGCCAUCGCUUGGACCGCCUCCGCUAUGAUCAUGCUGCCGGUCCUUCUCUACAGCAACACGAUACCACGUGAAAAGGAUAAACUUUCCUGCAACAUUGUGUGGCCCUCGGAAAACGCCGGCAAUUCGGGCACAACCUUCACCCUGUACUCCCUCAUCCUAGGCUUCGCCAUCCCGCUGUCGUUAAUUUUAAUGUUCUACUACUUGGUGAUCCGCAAACUACGCACGGUGGGCCCAAAGAGCAAAUCCAAGGAGAAGAAACGCUCUCACCGCAAAGUCACCAAGCUCGUCCUCACCGUGAUAACCGUGUACGUCCUCUGCUGGCUACCCUACUGGAUCUCCCAGGUGGCCCUCAUCAACUCCCCGCCAGACGUGUGCAAAUCCCGCCUCGAAAUCACCGUCUUCGUCCUCGUCAGCUGUCUCGGCUACUCCAACUCCGCCAUGAACCCCAUCCUGUACGCCUUUCUUUCGGACAACUUCAAGAAGAGCUUCCUCAAGGCGUGCACCUGCACCAAGGGCAAAGACAUCAACGCCCAACUCCAGAUCGAAAACAGCUUCUUCCCUCGGUUCGGCCGGAACCGGGGCUCCGAGCGGGGCAACUCCACCAAAAUCCUGCACGCCGGCCGCCAGAAGGUCGCAGACCAGAACCACCCGAACGACCCCGUCAACGGCAACAACAACAACAACAACCCGGCCAGCGGAAUGCGAACCAGCGGAAACGGAACCACCACGACCACGGUGACGACCACCACGACGGGGGGCGGAACGUCCACGUCGAACGUGGUGCCCAUCGCGAGCAAAAUCCUCGACGCGAGACCCCCCGUGCUGCACACGGAUUUAUAAACCGUUUGUGUGAGUGUGUGUGAUUGUGUAGGUUUAUGUGUACUUUACAGCUUUGUGCACAAAAUAUCAACAUCGAACGCGUGAGGGCAUGUGUGUGCGAGGGUGAAAUUGUCUGGAAUAAAUUUAGAUACUAAAAAAGCAAACACACACACACACACGUACUCAAACUCACUCAGGACUUGCAUGCGAAGAGUGCAGCAAGUUCAACAAAACCAUGCAAUUAAAAACGGAAUCAUACAAUGUGUGUGUUGUCUGUGAAUGAACGGAGCAAAAACUCCCGGUACAAAUGAUUGGUACACGGUGACAUCGGAGCCGGGGAUCAGCUCAGCGCAAAUAUUCGAUAUUCCGUGAAAAAAAAUUUCAUCAUGUUCCUUUUAGCUUAUUUUUUUUUUCCUGCGACUCAUAGAAAUGAACCCAAGUUGCAAUUUGCCGAUGUUUUGCUGUCUGAUUACGGUUCGGUCUAGGAUUUUUUUUUCCGCCAUUCACGUGAGUCGUGAAAGUUGUUCAGAUAUUGGAUUCUGCUAUUACGAAGAAUAGGGUUUGCCUUCCUCGCUGAAGAUAAUCUAAAAAAAAAAAUCAAAAAUGAUGUUUUUUUCUUUUACAUCUCAUUUAAUACAUACUUUUUGAAAUGUAAUAAAAUGAGUAUUUCCAAAUGACGAAAUAAAUUCGAGACGUUUUGAGUUGAGGCCAU